GCGGCAGCCUUCCAAACGGCUGAAAGCCCCCGAGCCACCGCCAGCUGAGGAUCCAAAGGUGUCAGACCCCUUUGCUGAUUUGAAGAGCGCCUUCGAGCCCGUGAAGGAGAAAUCGAAGUCUUUCAACCUCAAGCAGAUCGUCAGCAGGACGGGCACGGUCCUCAUGAACAUGCUGGAGCGGCUUCUGGAGAACACGGACAUCGAUGCUGUUGAUGUGGAGUCGAACAUGACGCUGUUGGAGUUUGCUUGCACUACAGGCAACAUGGGCCUGGCCAAGCUUUGCUACCGGCGCGGUGCAAAGCUUAUGGCCAAGACACGGCGUGGUGACACGGCCUUCAAUAUCGUCACAAGAUCGAAGCGCUACGACAUGAUGGAGUUUUUGCACGUGUAUGGGGUCAAGAUCAACUCGGCAGACGUUGAGGGAAGGACGGCGCUGCAUGUGGCUGCCCAGAACAACGAUGUGGACGCAAUCUGCCGCCUCAUUGAGUGGGGCGCGGACGUCAACAUCGCUGACAACAAGAAGCGCACGCCAAUUCAUUUGGCCGCCGCAGGGGGUAACUACCAGGGCUGCAUGCUGUUGUUGGAAAUGGGCGCGGACAUGAAUGCCAAGGCCGCCUUUUGGUGUCUGGGCGUAUCAAUUUACGUAAGAGCUGCACCCGGGCUGGAUUGGACGAGCUUGUAA